UGAGCAACGAAUAACAGCGCACGAAGAACAGCAAAACGUAGACAGCUGAUUGGAUUAGGCGUAGCGUUGGUUUGUUUGUUAGCGAGGAGAUGUACAGGGGUGCGCUGCGCAAACUUAACAUGAGCAGCAACAGUUACAUAUCACAGACAGUUGUUUGCAAACGUGCACGCAGCCAACGCUCAAUGACAUUUCAACCAAAAAUGGAGCCUCGCUACGAUUUCAAUCGUAAAUGGAAGCGAACGCUGAAGGAGCCUUGUCGAACGCAAGCGUGCUUUAAGCUCCUGUGCUACAAUGUGCUGGCACAGGAUUUGCUGACAGAACAUAUAUUUUUAUACGAGAAAAUUGAUCAGCAGUUUCUACGUUGGCACAAACGCUUGAUGAAUUUGCAACAAGAGCUGAUGAAACUAGAUGCGGAUAUUAUGUGUCUACAGGAGAUGCAGUACGAUCACUUGCCCAUACUGGUGCAGCAACUGAGCGUCUACAGCAAGAAGCGCUUGGAGUAUUUGUUCAAGAAGAAGACAGGCUAUCGCACGGACGGCUGCGCUAUAAUCUACGACUCCAGCAAGCUACAGCUGCUCAAGCAACAGAGUGUGGAACUUUAUGAUCAGAAGCUGCCGCUGCUCGAUCGCGCCAAUGUGGCGCAGUUGGCCAAAUUCAAAUUGAAGCACGCAGGCAAGGAAUUCAUUGUGGCCAACACGCAUUUACUAUUUAAUCCGCGUCGUGAUGAUGUGCGCUGCGCUCAGCUAGCCAGACUGCUUAAGGAGCUAUGCGAGUUUCGUGAGGACACUGCCACGCCCAUUGUCAUAAUGGGCGACUUUAAUAGUAUGCCAAACUCUACGCCAAUAGAGCUAAUUACCAAGGAACCCACGGACGACACUACACCACACUUUGAGGCUAUUGAUUUUGGAAAAUUCACAGCGUCUACAUAUCAGAAUGAUUGGGUUACGGUGGAUUAUAUGAUGCGCUCGAAAUGCCCGCAGCUGCAAGUCCAGAGCGUUUAUCAGCUACCUACGAUCAACAGCUGCGCCAACGUUGGGCCUAUACCCAACAGAUUCCUAGGCUCUGAUCAUUAUGUGCUAGGAGCAGUAUUUGCAUUUGCUUAAAUCUAAUUAUAGUUAUGUUUAG